AUGGCGGACCUGUUGUUUCCCACUUUGCACCAACGCUUGAAAAGUCAGCCCAAGGCACUCUAUGCUGCAGUAUUGACAGACGUAGCCCGUGCUGCCUCUGACAGCAUCGAGGCAUUAACAAGUUUUUGCGGUCUGCUUUUCAAAUCACCAAAUGGCACAUCACCCGGCCUCAUGGCGUUUGACGCCCACGUUGGAGACACUGGCUGUCACCUCAGGGCAGGGAUGUUCCUGGAAGUCUACCGUUUACAUAGCAAUGCUUCCUCUUCAGAGUGGAUCGACCAGACCAUCCACCGUCUUCGAAAGACGCAGGAAAAGGCACAGCAGAUCUGCGCAGCCCUAACUCAACAGAGCGCACGGCCGCAAUCUGUCGGACUCAGUGGGAAGGAUCUUCCACUGCCAAAGCUGUUUCGGGCGGUCGACUGGGAAGAGGUAUCAGCAGAAUCCAGUACUUCAUACUCGCUUAAAGAUAUGGGAGGCAGGCGAAGUUUCGAGGGCGAUUCAUCAAAGUCUGUGUCCUGGUCAUCGACGUCCUCAACACGAAGUCGCUCCACGUCGCCGUCGUCGACAGGAUCCGAGAUUCCUCUGCCGUUUGAGACCAGGUGGACUCCUGAUAAUAUUGCGGUGUUGGUUCGCCUGGUAGUUUAUUCAUUUGUGCUCUCAAAGUACAAGUCCUUCUCAAGCGUAGACAACACCGUGAUGGCACGGCUGUGUCCAGCGGACACCGCAGAGGCCGGUUAUGCCUUGAUGGAAGGGUCCUGGGACUUCAGCCAUAGUGACUAUCGCAAAGCACGCGUGGAACGCUUUUCGCAAGAGCUCCGGGCGCUGCAGGUCUGGAUCUCUGAUCUGAGCUCCGCCUGGCUGCAUAGUGUGGCCAUGCGAUGCUCUCCGGGAGGGAUGGACCGACUACUAGCACGAACAACUUUAAAGUCGGGCAAAGGGCUGACAGUCACCCCUUGCUUUGUGGGAUACCUUCUGCUGAGACAUGAGUGGGCGCAGGGUCAUUCUCCCAUUCUUAUGGUUGAUCGUUAUUUCUGCUCGCGUGGUUGGCAUUUCAAUGUCUUUAUUGCACAUUUGAAAUCGGAGGACACGUCUGACGAAGGCUUCCAGCGCCCAGUUGAGUGGCAUAUCCAACCAGUUUCCCCCUCCGAGUUGCUGUCAUCCAACUGGCGGUCACAGCCACAUACAGUCGCCAUGGGGAAUAGCAUUAGCGGAGGCAUUGAUGACUAUAGGAGACGCCUUGGCGAUGCAGAAAGGGAGAUUCCUCAUGUAGCUGACGGCAGCUGCUGUCUUGAGAAUGCUCAGCACGUACGUGAUUUCACACAUGCCAACCACGACCGCCUGGCUCUGUCAUUCUUUGGCGCGCAUAAAAGCUAUCCCUUCCAGCUCGAGGAUCAGGACGAGGCAGAGUUUGUCGGCUCUCACAUGGACGAUGCCUUUCCUAGAAUGCGAAAUGCAUGGCUUGGAGCUGCGAGCGAGUUGGGUCGACAUGGUGGUGGACAGGACAGCCUUCGUGUAUUUGGAUGGCAGCAUGUUUUUGUCGAGUCUCCGGAGAAUGUGGCGAGAAAAGUCAAGGAAUGGCACCGGAAUGGGAAUUUGAUGCCACUGUCGGCAUAG